UCCAGGCUAGGAACAUAAUUUAUCUAAUCUCAAAAUAUGCUGUACAUAGCAGCAUCAUUUAUCUCUUCUGUCAAGGCCAUCACCGUGUUCGAAGGGGCAAAUGUUCUUUUCCCAGUGAAUACAACCAUUGACCUGGACAGCAUAAUUCAGUGGAGUUUCAGUCUUCAUCAGAAUACCCGACUGCUGGCCAUGCUUGCCAACUCAGGAGGCAUUCACAUUCUGGACAGCAGAUUCCAGAUCACAGGGAAUGGGUCCCUGGUACUUGAAGGUGCCCGAUCUCAGGAUGCAGGAGAUUACAUCUGUAGCAUUAUCCUUUCGAAUGGAACCGUUCAAAAGAAUACAGUCAACCUGCAAUUUCAGCCACACAAUAUCAGCUUGGGGACUAUGGAGAAGAACUCUACAUCCACUCAGAGCCCAGAUGCUAAGGAGGAGGGGAACUCCUUCUGGACAGUCAUCAUUACCAUAACAUGUUCAGUAGCAGCAGCUGUGGUCUUCCUUGUGGGCAUAUCAUCAGGAAUUAUCUACAGAUGCAGAAAGACUGAUGAAGCAAUUUAUGUUAACACGGCCUACGUAAAGGACAAGAGGUCAACUAGGCCACAACCCCACCUACUGCAAGAGCCUUCCAGAGUUGCCGCUGGGUUGAAGAUUUUAGACUAGCUCUUUAACAGCAGAAAGGCUGUUGCUAAAUUAGAACUUUUGCAAACACUGGUGCUGUUGCCUCAGUCCCUUUCCGGGACUUCUUUUGAGAGACUGUGAGCAUGAAUUAACUGGAUGGAUUUUGACUUGUGCUUGAGUUCUUAUCGGCCUGGCUCUAACCAGAAAAGGCUGGAACCCUGACAAUGUCACCCGCCCCCAUUAUAUUGCCAUAUUAAUACUCUUGCACCACUAAAGGAGAAUUCUGGACAUUUCUCACAUUGAUCUCUGUUUCUCAAAGUCACUGAGUACUGUCGGCAUGGAAAAAAA